CGGCGGUUCGCAGUCGGAGAGGGCCCGCAGGCGGGCGGCCUCCCUCCGGAUCGGCUCGGCGCCGUAGAUGCCGCCGCCCACGCCCAGCACAAAGACCGCCACCAGGCGCACCAGCGGCUCCAACCCGCGCAUGGCUCCUGCUGCUGCCGCUGCCGCCCUCCAGCUGCGGCGCACGCGCGGGGAACUGGCGCAGGCUGGACUUCCGCGCCUGCGCCCUCCCUUCGAUGGCGGUCGCUAUGGAGGCGGCGGCGGUGGUGGGGGCGCCUGCCGGGAGGCCUCGCAGGCGGAAGCCAGUGCGGCGGGCGGAGGGGCGGGAGCGGCGGGCGGAGGGGCGGGAGCACUGGCCUGCCCGGGGGCUCCUGGCGCUAAGCCUGGCGCUGCGGCUGGCCUGCUGUCUCUCGGUGCGGACCAGCUUCGUCCCGGACGAGUAUUGGCAGUCGCUAGAGGUGGCGCACCGGGCGGCCUUCGGAUACGGGAGCCUGACCUGGGAGUGGGCCGAGGGCCUGCGCAGCCCCCUCUACCCGCUGCUCUUCGCCGGCCUCUUCAAGGCGCUGCAACUGCUGGCCAAGGACGAGGCGCCGCUGCUGAUUUGGCUCCCUAGGGUUUUCCAGGCAAUUCUGGCAGCAUUUGCAGAUGUGAAGUUAUAUUCUUUGGCAAAGCAACUGGAUAACUUUGAGACGGCCAAAUGGGUGUACUUUUGCCAGUUGUGUUCUUGGUUCACAUGGUACUGCUGUACCAGGACCCUCACCAACACCAUGGAAGCAGUUCUCACCAUCUUUGCACUUUGCUACUAUCCCAUGGAAGGCACCAAAAUGGAGAGCAGCCACUGCUACCUAGCCCUGGUUGCGCUGGCGUGCAUCAUCCGCCCGACAGCUGCCAUUCCAUGGGCUCCGCUGCUACUUUGGCACUUUGCAAAAGAGUCCAACAAGAGGCGCUUCCUCUGGGGUGCUUGCCUUCCAGUGGGACUAAUUGCUUUGGGAGGUUCGUUAGUAGUUGACAGGAUCUUUUUUGGCAAGUGGGUUGUGGUUCCCCUCAACUUUCUGAAAUUCAAUGUUCUGCAUGAUCUGGCCACCUUCUAUGGAUCCCACUCCUGGCACUGGUAUUUCACCCAGGGCUUGCCGGCGAUCCUUGGUCCCCACCUGCCUUUCUUCCUCCAUGGCUGUUUCAGUGCCCCGAGGAAGCAUCGUAUGUUCUUGGUUGUUGUGCUUUGGACCGUGACAGCCUACAGUGUUCUUCGUCACAAAGAAUUCCGAUUUAUCUACUCCAUCCUGCCCAUCUGUAUGGUCUUCUGUGGGCAUUCUCUGGCUCAACUGAAGAGGUGGAGAAGGGCUGCCGUCUCCUUCUUGCUGAGCUCCAACCUGCUCCUUGCCCUCUACACUGGUUUGGUCCAUCAGCGUGGCACUCUUGAUGUGAUGGUCUACCUCCGGGAGCUCUGCAACCCUUUGACCCAAGGACAGACAUCCAUUCUCCUGCUAAUGCCCUGUCAUUCAACUCCUUUAUACAGCCAUAUUCACUGCCCACUACAAAUGAGAUUUCUUCAGUGCCCUCCAGAUUUGAUGGGAAGAAGCAACUAUCUGGAUGAAGCUGACUUAUUUUAUUCUCACCCUCUCCCGUGGCUCAGCAAAGAGUUUCCUAAUGCUAUGCAACUACCCUCUCAUUUGGUCUUCUUCAAUAUACUUGAGCAGGAAAUAUCAUCGUUUCUGAUUUCAAACAGAUAUGUUAAAGCUGCCACAUUCUUUCACACCCAUCUGCCUCAAGGACGAAUUGGAAGCCACAUUUAUGUGUUCAAAAAAUUUUGAAGAUUGAUGAAAGUAAUUUAAGGGAUGGGGGGAGAGAGCUGAUGCAAGAGAAACAACAAAGCGGCAACUGAAGUAUCUGAAGUGGGAUAAGUAAGUGUGGCUCUGGAGAGGUGGAAGGUGUCAGCAUGUUUGUUUUUGCAAAGGCGGCCUUAUCCUUCUGCUAAGAUUUCAGAUCUGCUCAGACUAUAUGCAACUUGGCAAACCUCUAUGAAUAGACAGCUUGGAACCACCUUUUUAUUAUUUUUUUACGAUGUACAGAUGUGCAAGAAAAUGUAAAAGCAAGAUGAUCAGAAAGAGGAACAAAUCCCAUCAUAAUCAGAGUAAUUAAACAGCUAUCAAGAUGUGC